AUGGCUGAACUAAUUGCGGUACCGUUGAAAAAACCGUCUGACGUUGAUGUUAUUAAACCACUUACGAAUGUUAUUAAAUCAACAUACAGCAGUGCAAGUAAUCAAAAAGAUUAUACAGAAGCUAUCGCAGAAUUUAGUAAAUUAAGAAACAAUGCUCUCUGGCGAGCUUUUGAGAAGUAUGAAAGUUCCUUGGAGGUUAUAUACAGUUAUUAUGAUCAGUUGUGUGCACUAGAGGGCAAAAUACCUGCCCAUGAAUUGCAAAUUCCAUUCAAAUGGAAAGAUGCAUUUGACCGUACCAUAUUCGGUGGAAAACUUAGUUUGACAAUUAGUACAUUAGCAUAUGAAAAGAUAUGUGUAUUAUUUAAUAUUGCUGCCUUGCAAAGUUCAGUUGCAGCAACACAGACUUUAGAGAGUAAUGAAGGAUUAAAAAUGGCUGCAAAACUAUUUCAACAAUCUGCCAGUAUAUUCAAUUAUCUCAAAGGAAAUGUUAUGAUGGUAAUUCAACAAGAACCAACACCAGAUAUUAGUCCAGAAACAUUAGGAGCAUUAUCUUCACUAAUGCUUGCUCAAGCUCAAGAAAUAUUUGUAUAUAAGGCAAUCCAUGAUACUAUGAAAGAUGGUGUUAUUGCUAGAUUAGUUUCACAAACAGAAGAGUUGUAUGCAGAUGCAUUAAAGCUAUUCCAAAAAGAAAUUUUCAGAGCAUUUUGGGACAAAGAAUGGGUUCCUUUAAUUGCAGGAAAACAAGCUGGAUAUCGAGCAAUGGCUGAAUUUUAUCAAUCAUUAGUAUGCAAAAAUAACAAAUUAAUUGGAGAAGAAAUUGCUAGAUUAGAAAAUGCCGUGGAACUGUUUAAAGCUGCUCAACAACGUUCAAAUAAACCUCAUUUGUUCCAAAAUACUGCUAACAGAGCACAAAGAAACCUUACAGAAGUAAAAAAAGAUAAUGAUUUUAUUUAUCAUGAGAAAAUACCAGAUAUAAAGUCUUUAGAACCAGUUGGUAAAGCUAGUAUUGCAAAAUUGCUACCAUUGCCUGAAGUUUUCAGUUCAAACUUUAAAGACCUUUUUGCUGACUUAUUGCCUGUUACUGUGCAUCAAGCAUUAUCAUCGUAUGAAGUUCGUCGUAAUGAAUUGGUUAAUUCAGAAAUUUCCAAAUUACGUGAAAUGACACAAGUUUUAAAUAGUGUAUUGGCAAGUUUAAAUUUACCAGCGGCUAUCGAAGAUACAAGUGGAACUGAGUUACCUCAAUCUGUAUUAGAAAAAGCUCAGUAUGUAAAAGUUGCAGGUGGAAUUAGAACCUUGGAAAAUUCUAUGAAAGAAUUGCCUGAAUUAUUACAAAGAAAUAAAGAACUUUUGGACGAGAGCGAGCGAAUGCUUCAAGAAGAGCGUGAAUCUGAUGAUCAAUUAAGAGAACAGUUUAAAGAACGUUGGACACGGAUACCUAGUGCUCGCUUAACAGAACAAUUUACUGUUACAUUGCGAAAAUAUCGUGAAAUUAUUAAUAAUGCAGUGACAGCUGAUAAGGUUGUACGUGAAAAAUAUGAAAAUCACAAAGAAAGUAUGGAAAUCCUAAGUUUAGAUGGAAGCGAUUUGAUUAAUGCUGUACCAACUGGAUCAGCAGUUCAAGAAAGCAGUACUGUUGCCCAACUUAGAAAACUAAUGGAAAAUGUUGAAACAUUGAAAACAGAACGUGACGCUAUAGAAAGUGAAUUAAAGUCUGCUACUACUGACAUGAAAACAAUGUUUUUGUCUGCUCUUGCCAAAGAUGGUGCAAUUGAUGAACCGAAUUUGUCUGUAGAAAAUAUAGGAAAAACUUAUGGACCUUUACAAAAACAAGUGAGAGAUAGCGUUUCUCGACAAGAACAGUUGAUUGCUGAAAUUCAAAGGUGUCAUACAGAAUUUACAGCUGAACAAUCUGGUAGUGGUAGUUUAAGAGAGACGAUGUUAUGUAAGCUAGCAAGCGCUUACGAUGCAUUUAAAGAAUUAAAAGGCAACUUAAGUGAAGGUGUUAAAUUUUACAAUGAUUUAACACAGUUGCUAGUAGUCUUCCAAAACAAAAUAUCAGAUUUUUGUUUUGCUCGAAAAACUGAAAAAGAGGAACUAUUAAAAGACUUGACAACAAAUUUGAGUCAUACUGGUCCAAUUACAACUCCUAACAUUCCAGCUCAUCACGGAGGAACAUCUGGACAAAGUCAACCUGUAGCAGGACAAAGUCAAUCUGGACCAUCACAAUUACCGUAUCCCACGCAUUUUCAAGGUGGUAUGCCUGUACCUUAUGGAGCUGGUCCUGCUACACCAUAUCCUGCAUAUAUUCCUCCUCCUAUGCCAGCAGCGUAUAAUCCAUACGCAACAAUGCCUUACCCCACUCCAGGAAAUUAUAAUCCGUAUCAAGGUGUGCCACCAACUCCUUACUCUGGUUAUGCGACUUUACCACGUUAUGGUGGUAAUCAACAUCCACCCCAAGGCCAUCCAUUUUGAAGAAUAAAUAAUGUUUUAUAUAUACUGUGAUUACAAA